CGCGCUCCACGUGACCCCGCACCCGGAAGCGCCGUGCUGCUGCCGGUGCCGCCCCCGCUCCCGUCAUGUGAAGCGGCGGGACCGGCUCUCCCAGGCCGCCAUGGAGCCCACGGCCUCGCAGGUCUUCUGCGGGCGGGUGCUGGGCAUGGUCAACGCCGAGGACGUCAACGCCAUCAUCCUGGCCCAGAAAAACAUGUUGGAUCGAUUUGAAAAGACCAACGAGAUGCUCCUCAACUUCAACAACCUCUCCAGCCUCCGCAUGCAGCAGAUGAACGAGCGGUUCCUCCACCACACCAAGAUGCUGGUGGAGAUGAAGAAGGACCUGGACAGCAUCUUCCGGAGGAUCCGGACGCUGAAGGGGAAGCUGGCCAAGCAGUACCCAGAGGCCUUCAGCAGCAUCCACGAGUCUCCCAUCCUGGAAGACGACGACGACUUCGACCCCGUCCCCAGGAGCACCACGACCACCAUCGCCACCUCCGAGCAGAGCACCGAGUCCUGUGACACCAGCCCUGACAUCAUCUCCCCAACCACCAGCCAGGAUUUCGAGGAUUUAUCCCAAGGCCACUACGACUUCCCGGCUGUCAACGGACAGAGUCUCACAGACGAAGACACAACCAAUGACCUGGACUAGGCUGGGGGUGUUGUGGGGGGGGUCCUGCACCCCCAGAGAACUUUCUACCUUGUAUUUAUAUUCAUGUGUUUCUUUUUUGUUGGUUUGUUGUUUUUUUUUUUUUUCUGGGGAAGAGGGGAGCAAUGGCUGAGGGGAGACGGGCGCCCUUCGGCCUCCUGAACUGCCAGCGUGGUGUCAACCUCACCCUUUUGGGGGUAAAUAAGUAAAAGGUGGGUUUGAAACA